UGUGAGAUGGUCAGCAUGAAGCUGGUAUUAUGGUGCGCGCUGCUGGCGGCAGCACGCGCGUGCCCGCUGCGGCCGGCCGGCGCGGGCGCACAGAGCCCCGGCGACAACUUCUACCGCCUGCUGCUCAACGGCGACGUGGAGCGCUAUGCGCCCGGCCAGCGCUACGUGGUGACCCUGGUGGGGUCGCGCACACACGACGUGGUGCAGCAGUUCACGCGGUUCAAGGUGACGCUGGAGCCGCUAGACCCGGCGGCGCCGCGCGCGCCCUCGCGCCAGGGCCAGUUCCAGCUGUUCGCCGACACGCUCACUAGGUUCGACGAGGAGUGCGUCAACUCCGUCGUCGAGGCCGACGACCUGCCCAAGACCGAGGUGCAGGUCAUGUGGAAGGCCCCGCCCGCGGGAUCCGGAUGCGUGCUGCUCAAAGCGAUGGUGUACGAGAAUGAGAGCCGCUGGUUCGCGGAGGACGGGCAGCUGACCAAGCGCGUGUGCGAGGACGCCGCCGUCUCCGCGCCCACCUGCUGCGCCUGCGACGACGCCAAGUACAAGAUGGUGUUCGAGGGCCUGUGGUCGGCGCAGACGCACCCGAAGGACUUCCCUGUGCAAGCGCUGUGGCUGACGCACUUCUCCGACAUCAUCGGCGCCACGCACCCCGCCAACUUCUCCUUCUGGGGCGAGGGACUGAUCGCCACCGACGGCUUCAGAUCGCUAGCCGAGUGGGGCUCCAUAGGGCUGCAGGAGCGGGAGCUGCGUCAACAAGGCAAGCUGCUGCGCUCCAUCAUCAAGGCGCAGGGGCUGUGGCACCCGCGGGUCAACUCCAACACCACCGCCGUCUUCACGGUCGACCGCAAGAGGCAUCUGGUCUCGCUGGCUUCUAUGUUUGGCCCAUCCCCUGACUGGGUGGUUGGAGUUUCUGGGCUGGAUCUCUGUCAGAAAGACUGCUCGUGGGUCGAGUCGAAAGUCGUCGAUCUGUUCCCUUACGACGCUGGCACUGAUAACGGCAUCUCUUACAUGUCCCCGAACUCGGAGACGGUGCCGCGCGAGCGUAUGUACCGCAUCACGCCCAUGUAUCCCGAGGACCCGCGCGCGCCCUUCUACAAUCCCGGGGCGUCUGAGGUGCCUCCCAUGGCACGCCUGUACCUCACGCGGGAGAAGCUGGUCCCGCGCUCCUGCGACGAGGACGCGCUGCUGGCACAGGUCGUGGAGGAGGUCGAGACCUCCCCGGCAGCUGAGCGACCGGAGUGCGCAGUGUCAGAGUGGAGCGCGUGGUCCCCGUGUUCCGUGGCGUGCGGCAAGGGGCUGCGCAUGCGCACGCGGCAGUACCGCAUGCCGCAGAAGGCGCAGAUGUUCGCCUGCGACCGCCAGCUCGUCUCCAAGGAGAUGUGCGUCGCCGCCAUUGCAGAGUGCGAAGGCGACAACUCGACCGACAACGAGGAGGACCUGACCCUGGGCGCGGUUGAAGACCAGGGAAUCUGCCGCACGUCCGAGUGGGGCGCGUGGAGCGAGUGCUCGGUGACGUGCGGCGUGGGCGUGGCCACGCGCCGCAGGCACUUCCUCGACCGCAUGGGGCCCAAGAAGUGCCCGCUCGUGCCCAUCGAGGAGAACCGCAAGUGCAUGGAGCCGCAGUGCACGGAGGUGGAGCACGACAUCUCGGACCCGUCGUGCCCCACGUCGGAGUGGGCGGCGUGGUCGCCGUGCUCGGCCUCGUGCGGGCGCGGCGUGGCCUUCCGCACGCGCCUGCUGCUGGUGCCGCCCGAGCAGCAGGCGCGCUGCUCCCAGGCCGUCGAGCUGCUGCAGCAGCGCGCCUGCUCCGAGCGCGACUCCUGCUCCGUGGACGCGCUCACCGCCAAACGUGAGUCCUGCACGCGCCCGAGCAGCAGAUAUGAUGAGCCCCGUGAGUCCUGCACGCGCCCGAGCAGCAGAUAUGAUGAGCCCCGUGAGUCCUGCACGCGCCCGAGCAGCAGAUAUGAUGAGCCCCGUGAGUCCUGCACGCGCCCGAGCAGCAGAUAUGAUGAGCCCCGUGAGUCCUGCACGCGCCCGAGCAGCAGAUAUGAUGAGCCCCGUGAGUCCUGCACGCGCCCGAGCAGCAGAUAUGAUGAGCCCCGUGAGUCCUGCACGCGCCCGAGCAGCAGAUAUGAUGAGCCCCGUGAGUCCUGCACGCGCCCGAGCAGCAGAUAUGAUGAGCCCCGUGAGUCCUGCACGCGCCCGAGCAGCAGAUAUGAUGAACUCUUUAGCAUUUGCAUGGAGGAGCCGGAGCAGGGCCCGUGCCGCGGCAUGUACCAGCGGUGGGCCUUCGUGGCGGCCAAGGGCAUGUGCGCGCCCUUCCACUACGGCGGCUGCCGCGGCAACCGCAACAACUUCCUCUCGCAGGAGGACUGCCUAAGCACUUGCAGCGUCGCGAUAGGAGGCGGUGGGCCGGCCUUCUCGGCGGCGGGCUCCGGCCAGCUCGGAGGCGCGCCCGCCCAAAACACCAUCAACGGUAACUAUUCGCAAUACAGAACCCGCGCGAUAGACCUCUGUUUCAAAAUGGGCUAUAUGCAUAUGUUGUUGACGAAUGCUCUUCACUCAGGCCCGUCGCUGGUGCAGGCCAGCGACUGCCAGGUGAGCGAGUGGAGCGACUGGAGCGCGUGCAGCGUGAGCUGCGGCGUCGGCUACCAGGAACGCACCAGGACUGUUCUGCGAGCGGCGGGCGCCGGCGGUGCGCCUUGUCCUCCGCGCCUGUCGCGCCGGCGCCGCUGCUCGCGCCGCUGCUGAGCCGACAGCGACCAGUUGACCACCAUCGUACGUACGCCCUACAACCAUAUUGACAGCUGUCACCAACUAAAUGUCCAUAAACAUCGUUGUUUAUGAAAACAUUAACGCUCUACAUCUGUUUACCAAAGAACUCGAUAAAAAUAUGUAUACCUGAUGCUAAAAUGUAUGGUCCAUAAGACAACCUUUGUACAAGAAUUACACCGGUCAAAAAAAAAAAAAUUUUUUUUUGCGCAUGGAUUUUACUUAUUAUAUUCUGAUUAUGUAAGCAAAUGUAUAUAAAAAAGUGCGAUUACAAAUCGAAAAUAUUUGCUUUUUAAAAAGUUAUAGCGAUUUGAAUUUUCCAUCUUCAUAGUAGAAUGUCUCUAAAGAUGCACGUCACAUUCUCAUUGGGAUAUAUUUAUAAAUAAUUAUGGGGGCUUAUUCGCAAGAACAAGGGGCACGCUUUCAUCAAAAUAUAGUGGGAUUUGAGAAACGACGUUAUCAAGGCCAGUAUACUGAAAGCAUGAUAGGGUUAGAUUUUUAUGAAAAAAAUCUUCUAUGGAACAUGACAGGAAAUUAGAACUUUUAAUUUUUAAUAAAUAUUUGGACUCUAUUUUAAUUUUUCUCUUGUGAGAAUGAAUCUUAAAUGGAUGUUUGUUAUGUUUUAAUAAUUAGAAAGAAUGAAAGAAAGAAAGAAAAAAAAAAAUAUUUGGCAACAAAUUAAAUCAUCUCUAUGUUCAUGUUUUAUACAUUCAUUGAUAUGAAUUUUUCUAUUUUUUACACAUAAAAGCAAAUUCAGAACAAUUGUUUGUUGUUAUUCUUGUUUCUAGGUUAUAAAGCAAUAAAAAUAAGCUAAGCAUAACCCGUGCGCAAAAAUACUGUAGACAGUUGUUAUUUUCCCGUGUGGGAAAUAAUAAUCAAAGAUAUUACUUAAGUGGAAAAUCGUUAUAGUAUUUUGUAUACUAAAAAAGAUAACAUGAAGCCGAUUCUAUGAUAAACUGCAGACACAUGUUCCAAAGAAUAUGCUAAUUAAUAAUAAACUUAUUUAUUAAUUAGCAUACUUAGUUUCUAAAACAGCGAAAUGUUUAGUACUUUCAUACCUAGUGAUGAAAAAGUCUACAAUGGAAAUUACCUUCAUAAUGAGUUGACGUGUCAUAUAGAAGUAGGUUACUGAUGUUACAUGACAAUAUUUUAGUAAAAUAUUAAUACACAGAAAACCAUUAUCUGGGUAAUUGUAUAUUGUGAAGGCGGCAAUUAUUUCCCCAUUUCACUUGCAGCCAAACCACGGCUGAAGCGCGAGGCAGGUCGCGGCGACCGCGUCCGAUCGAUCGCGCUGCCAUUAAUCUAUUUUUAUGUGCUCACUGCCCAUCCACUCCGAUGUCAAUUUUGUUAUUUUUACACAGGUAAACUGCCUACUUAUCAGUUUAUAUUGGGAACGAAUCUACUUAACGUUUAACGAAUUGUAUGCAUUUCAGCGCAUUUAAUUAUGUUGAUAUCUGUUUAAUAUUAGUAAUAAAGUAAAUAUUUUGCACUCGA